CCACGGGCCUCUCCCCCCGUCUCCCUCUCCUUCUCUCCUCACGAAGAGAGCCUGCAUGGCGCCGCAAUGAUAACAUUCCUCUGAACUCGCCCAUCCCAAAGGGAAAAGAAGAGACUCCAGCUUCUAUAUCUGCCCCUGCAUCUGCGUGUGCACGCUGCUUCUCGCAGCUUUGCUUGCGCCGUGACUGGCUCCCCCCUCUGCUUCGGAAGCUUCUCUGGUGGCGGUGGUGCGCUGCGGCCUGACCAUCAGUAGCUGUAGCGCCCCUGAAUGCGAGCUGGUGAUCGCCUUGGGCGGCCACCUUGCUCCGGCGCCUGAUCGGGGGCUGAGAACGAGGAAAGCUUGGAGGAGCACGGACGAUGCCGGUGAGGAUGCGCGGCGCCGCGGCCUUCGCCGACGACGCGCGGGAGCUCGACCGGCAAAUGGGGUGCAUGUCCGGCAUAUUCCAGAUCUUCGACCGCCAACGGCUCAUCACCGGGAGUGGCCGGCGCGGCGGCCGGCAGGCGCAGAAGAGGCUGCCUCCGCCGUCAGCUCCAGACAAUACUGUUCCAAAGAGCAGCAGGAAUGUCCCAGUUCAAAGUUCAAGUACUUCAAAGAUCGUUCUGGAGAAAACAUUCAGCAAAUGUACGACUGAGAACAGCAGUCUUUCAAUCGAAUCAUCAAGAGCUUCUUCGUCCUCCUCUUCAUGCUCAUCCUUCUCGUCGCUUGAUGGCAACAAAUCAGUCCAACAGGAGCUUCCUUACAUCAAUGAGGAGCUCUUUGUGCAGAGGUCACUGAAGAGAUCACCAAGUUUGAAGGAAACUGACAUGAACACCAAGCCCGGGCAUCCUAAUGUCGGUUUCAGAGAUAUAGUGAAGGACUCCAUCAACCGGGAAUCCGGAGGCCUAACUGUAAAAACCUCGGUACAGGAGGCACGGAGAAAUGGGCAGUACAAGGACUCACCAAGGCCGCUGCUGCUGUCCAAAUCAAUGGAUGGAACCUGUAUUAUUGGGAUCGAUAGGAGCACAAAGGUUCCUGCAACUGUCACUGAAUCUAACAGGCGUUUGCAGGAGCAAUCACGCUUCUCAUGUGAUGACCGAAGACUCCUGCGGCCAGCCGAAACCCAGGAAAGCAAGAGGCCUUCUUCAAGGCCCAAAGAGCUCCCUAGAUUGUCCUUGGACAGUAGGAAGGAGUCUCUGAGUCCAAGCUCACGCCAGAAUAACUUCAGUUACAAGAGAACUGAUGAUAUUCUCUUGGAUACUUUGAGGCCUCAAGAUUCUCCAAGCCAUAGGAGAGCCAACAGUGUCAUUGCCAAGCUAAUGGGGUUGGAAGAAGCAACAGAUGCUACAGGGGUGCUGACUGCUGAUAACCAUGAGACUUCAAGAUCACCGAGACCUGCACAAGCCACUCAAUAUGAGAAUCCAUCACGUUCGCCCAGAAGCACUUGCCAGGAUUCCUGCAUGUUACAGCUGAAGAAUGAGUCUUGGGUACUCAGAACCAAGCCUUCCCCAAGAAUUCUCACAGAAGCGGCUCCUUGGAGGCAGCAGGAGAGAAGUGCCAACAACAUAAAAGCACAACAAUGUCGAGAAGCUGAAGGGAGGCCAAGGACUGCAUCUGUCUAUGCUGACAUAGAAAGAAGGCUCGGGGGCCUCGACUUCUUAGAGUGUAAUAACAAGGACUUCAGGGCUCUCAGAAUAUUGGGGGCAUUGAAUGCAAAAGAUUCUAAGAGCCAGAAUGACAGCAAUGCUGGAUCAGUGGCUGUUCAGAGGACAGGGUAUGAUCAAGCCACCGAGCCCAGAGACUUCCAGCCUCCAAUUGUGGUUAUGAAGCCUGCAAGAACCACCAAGAAGCCUGGGGUUUCACUUGCUUCAGUUGCUCCAAUUGCAGGCCUCAGAAGCCUGAGGAAGUUGCCGGUCAGAGAUUCAUCUUUCAAUGGCACGGAUGACAAGAUUCAUCUUCGGAUGUCCAGAGCUCAAUCGAAGUCAGAAGAACCUGUCAGCAGUGCCAGCUCACCGAGGCCUACAGGUUCAUCAAGCCCCAGAAAUGUGCAAAAGAAAGCAGAGUCCGAAAGGAGGUCUCGUCCGCCGGUCUCACCAAAAUCUCCAAGCAAGAAGUCCAAUGAAGCUGUUUCCCCAAAAGGACGAAUAAGAUCAAAGCCUUCUCAGGUGAAAAGCCACCGUGAUGAGGUAUUGCCGAGUGCAGGGAGCAGAAUCAGCUUAGCAAAGCAAGUUGAUGUCAGUAUCAUGGAUUGUCCAAAGCCCCCAGGUGUCAGCUCAUCAUUUGUUCAACCAUGCAAAGUUGCCACAACAUCAAGUCACAAGGGUCCUUCAAUUCUGGGUUCAGACCAAAAUAUUCAUUCACUGGACAACAUCCCGAGCCCUGUCUCUGUCCUCGACACAUCCUUCUAUCAUAAAAGGAUUUCAGAUUCAUUCAAAGAUGGUGAGACACAUUCUUCGGAUGAGUGCUGGAACCCAAACAGCCUGCCUGACACACCACAGUCUAAGGCGAGCAGUGAAGUCAACCAGAUUAAACCAGAAAACUUGGAGUUCCUCAUCCAGAAGCUUGAGCAACUGCAAUCAAUGAACGAGGAAGCUGCAAAUAUCAAAGAAGUCAUGGCAUCAGUUGCUGCAAAUAAAGAUCAUCACUAUAUCUAUGAGAUACUAUUGGCAUCUGGUCUUUUGCAUAAAGAACUUAGUUUCACAGCAUUACCUGGUCAACUCCGACCAUCAAGUAAUCUGAUCAACCCGGAGCUCUUCCUCAUUCUUGAACAAACAAAACCAGACAUUGCUUCAGAAUUUCAAACUGUCAGUGCAGCUAAGAAAUGUUCUAAGCCUUGCACAGGAAAGCUUCACCGAAGACUUGUGUUUGACAUGGUAAACGAAACCAUAGCACAGAAGAUGAACAUCUGCAGAUUUCGAAGUCAGCCAGUAAAAUUUCUUCAGUCAAGGAAGUUAAGUGGGUGGCAACUAUUCAAGGAUUUGUGCACUGAGGUUGACAGGCUAACAAAAUGCUCCGAAGAGGAUGAGAAUGAAAACAUGCCAGUACAUGAGGAUAUCACAAAAGACUGGAUGAGCUUUGACACCAUACUACAUGACAUGGUUUUGGAAAUCGAAAAGGACAUAUUCAAAAACCUUAUCAACGAGGUCAUAGAUGGUGGGGCUACAGAGAAGAUGCAAUUUGGACAAUGGAAGCUGCGGAGGCAGCUUUCUUUCAGUAGUGUAAACUGAGUAUUUGUGGUAGUAGUUGUUUAUGUUAAGAAGCUUAGGCUCUAGUAAAUGUAACCUUUUAUAUUUUGCUGAAGACUAAACUGUAGAAGGAAUAUAAAUGUUCCUCAAUACUAAUCUUGCUGCCAUCAGUGCUAGAAGAAGUGAGGAAAUCUAUAUAUAAUAGUUAAUAAACUCUUCUGACGCAUGUCAUGUUCUUUUGGCCGAA